AGAGCCUGUCCUGGAACUAGCUCUUGUAGACCAGGCUGGCCUCGAACUCAGAGAUCCGCCUGCCUCUGCCUCCCCAGUGCUGGGAUUAAAGGCGUGCGCCACCACUGCCCGGCUCCCAGUUCUAAAUCUUACACAGUGGACGUGACCACUGCCCCACCCUUCUUCUGAGGAACAAACAGGUCCUGAAGAAACAGGAAGUGUGUAGCAUAAAAACCAGAAUAGAAUAAAGGUACUGGGUAAAAUAUGUGGAUCUGUACAGCUGAGCUACUACCAUGGAGCUAGACAGAUCAGGGACCAGAGCAAUCAGCUUGGUUAGAAAAAAAACAUGCUAGGGAACAGGCUGGCUUAACAAUCCUCAAUAUACAGCAAGCUGUCCAGUGCAGCCUGGAGCCCACGGGUGCACAUGGGAAUCCACAACCCCAUCUGGUGUUAAUGGGGUCUGGAAAGAGGCUUGGGAGUUUACAGGUAAAGAAAGAAAGCAAUUAGCCUCAUACUGAUGGUUCAUUGAACAUUUAUUGAUGGUCUGUGUCUAGCUCAGGAGUCCAGAGGUAAUGGAUUCCAAGAAAAUUAACUGCCAAAACAGACAAAAUCGUCCUGGCCAAGAUCUAGCCAGUUCAACUUCCUACCAGGCCCUGCUUUCACUCGCUCCCAGAGACAUGAUCUGCACAAGCCAAGUGUCCAGAGACAUGCCUGAUGAGCCGCAAUCAGUGGGGGAGAGGGCUGUCCUGGCUCUGACCCAGGAUAUCAGAUACUGGCUGGGAAGGAAGCGGUGGGAUUGGGAGGGGAGGGUACAGUUUGACUCAUCAAAGGCCUGAGGUUUCCCUGGCUGACUCCUCCAAGGGGCUGUAGACAAUCAGUGCAUUGUCAGCAGGGGCUGCAGCAUGGAGCAAGGGCACAUCCACACUGAGAGCCUCAGGUCCAGGCCUGUUGAGGUGAGUGUCUCUGCCACCCCCCUACCCCACCCCCGGACAAGGACACAGGGACACCAUAGGAGACAAAGGUGUCGCCACCUACCAUCAGCCCCUUCCCUGAGCAAGUAGGUCCCUGGUUCCCAACCCAGAAGCCGCACUGACAGUAAUAUGCCCCCAGGUGAAGACCAAACCCUGCCAUAGGGGUUGGAGAACAGCGGGCCUGCUGCUGUUGCUGACACUGGUCACUGCAGGGGCCAUGGCUGGAGGGCUUCUUGGCUUCAUGUACAGCCCUCCCAAGCCUUUGCUGCAGAUGCUCCGAAAGACCUCAAGCACCAGGGUACCCUGGCCCAACCAAACCACUCUAGUGGACGUGGCCCAGAACGUGGCAACUAUCGUGGUGACUCCGCUUCAGAGCAACCACAGCUGGGCUGUGCUGUUCGACGGGCAAAGUGGCUACAUCUGUUACCGCCCUGCAGAGCACCGGGCCUGCUUCCUCCGUCUGAUGGAAGCCCAAGAUCGGGAGACCCUAAGGCUGCUGGUGAACACUUCCAGGGCCCAGGAGUCCCAUGUACCUGGCCAAGAGACCCACUAUGCGCAGGAGCUGCUGGCAGUUUUGGGGGGCCAUACUGUGGACCCUGCCCAAGUGGGAGCUUCGGUGCAACACCUUUGUGUGGACACUCCCAUCUACUGGGCCCAGCGAGCAGAGGGGCCACAGAGACAGCGGCUGAUCUACCUCUGCAUUGACAUCUGCUUCCCGAGCAACAUCUGUGUGUCUGUCUGCUUUUAUUACCUUCCAGACUAAGCCCCCUACCGAGCCCUCCCAGCUUUUGGUCCCACAGGUCGAUCCUGUCCCCACAGGUCAGCCAGCUGGUCAGGUCACCACCACCAGUGAACGGAGCUGACAGUAGGGACAA